CCCCAGAGUUCUUCCUGCCCACUAGCCCCUCAUCCUGCGCUCGCGCGCAUCAGGGGAAGCUUAAGAGCUGAAUCCGGGUCCUUUGAAUCGGUACCGGGAGGCUGAGACUCGCCCCGCGUCAUGGACGCAGCUCGUUGGCCGAAUACCUGAUGGUGACAGCAAUUUACAUCGCCGAAUAAAUCAAGGAAAACAAGAGCAGGGACGGACGGGAGGCCCGAGCUGUGUUUCAUGGAGGCAGGAGGACAGUGCGCCGGAGUCCAUCACUGAGAGAUCCCAUUGCUGACUACACAACAUGCAUCUGCACCAGGUGCUGACUGGGGCGGUGAACCCCGGGGAUAACUGCUACUCGGUGGGCAGUGUCAAUGACAUCCCUUUCACGGCCUAUGGAUCAGGGUGUGACAUUGUUAUACUAGCCAAUGAUUUUGAGUGUGUCCAAAUAAUUCCAGGUGCUAAACAUGGAAACAUCCAGGUUAGCUGUGUGGAGUGUUCCCAGCAGCAGGGCCGGAUUGCAGCCUCGUAUGGAAAUACAGUUUGCAUUUUCGAACCUCUUGGUAUAAUAAAUGCCCAAAAACGCAACAGCCAGUUAAAAUACCAGUGGGUGCGAACCGGCCAGUUUUUUCUUAGUUCUGUGACGUACAACUUGGCAUGGGAUCCUCAAGGUAACAGGCUGUUGACGGCCACUGAUUGCUUACAAUUAUGGGCUCCACCAUCAAGCGAUAUUCUAGAAGAGGACGAAGAUGAUAUUGACAACCACGUCACACAGGAUAAUGUUCAUCCAUCCCUGAAUGACUGGAACUGUAUCUGGCAAUGCAAGACUGCAGUGUCUGUACACUUGAUGAAAUGGUCCCCAGAUGGUGAAUACUUUGCCACUGCAGGGAAGGAUGAUUGUCUCCUUAAGGUGUGGUAUCCUCUCACUGGAUGGAAAUCCUCUUUCUUACCACAAGAAAGUGAAGAAAAAAAGGGAAUUUCAGUGAACCCACACUUUUCAUUUGUGUACUUGGCACAUCCUAGAGCUGUGAUUGGGUUUUCUUGGAGAAACACAAGCAGGUUCAUGCCACGGGGCUCUGUUUGUAAUGUGUUGCUCACAUCCUGUCAGGAUGGCAUUUGUCGCAUCUGGUCGGAGACCCUGCUGCCAGAGGACAGUUUGCUUGGUGGUCAAAUUAUUGAGCAUAGCAGCUCUAGCAGCAGCCUGACAUAUGCUGGGAAGAAGGACAAGAUUGAGCAUGCGCUUGAGACAAUUCAUCAUUUGAAGCAUUUAAGAAGGGGCAGAAGGCGAUCCUCCGUCCUUGCUGCUCACACAGAAUUACUGCCUAGUCAGCCAAGCCAACAUGAUACCCAUCGCCACAUCUCUCAUCACGCCAAUUCCUUAUGUCACUUCCAUAUAGCAGCAAGUAUAAAUCCAAACACAGAUAUUCCAUCUGUGUUGGCUGGAACAGCAUUUAACCUGGAGGAAGGAUAUGGGGGCUUUGUUGUUCACUGGCUAAAUAAUAAGGAAUUACAUUUUACUUCAUCAAUUGAAAAAUUUAUUCAGUAUUUGAAAACAAUUGUGGAACAAGAGACUAACAACGGAGAGGAGGAGGAGGAGGAAGAUGAGGAGGGCCUGCUCAUGAAUCUGGAUAAUGGAGAGCCUGAGGGUGGAGGAUCAUUGUCUGGCUCACCUGAGCAUGAAGAAGCAGAGAGAGACUUGAGCACCAAAAGUACAUCACCUUGUACCGCCCUGCCUCUUCCCACAGUAUUAUUAGACCGGAAAAUUGAAUCGCUCCUCUCUGAGUGGAACAAGAAUGCCGAUAUGCUCUUCACCAUUCACCCAGUGGAUGGUACCUUUCUGUUGUGGCACGUUAACUAUUUGGAUGAGUACAAUCCAGGAAUCUUUAGACAAGUACAGGUUUCCUUUUCUUCCCGGAUUCCUGUUGCUUUUCCUUCUGGAGAUGCCAGCUCUCUCAGCAAAAAUAUUAUGAUGUACGCUUGUAUUACCUCUGCCAACGAGCCUGCUUCAGCCAUCUUGAGGGAAGAAGGAAAGAUUAUUUCAGGUGUCCCAUCUGUAAACUCUUUGAGAGAUGUUCCAAGUGUGGGUUCCUCAACAGUUAUGAUGGUGUCAAAGCAUAUUGAUGGCUCGUUAAAUCAGUGGGCAGUUACCUUUGGAGAUAAAUCUGCCUUCACCAGUGUGCUUACAGUGACCCACAAGUUUAGGUAUUGUGGGCACAGAUUCCACUUGAAUGAUCUGGCUUGUCAUUCUGUUCUGCCUCUGCUGCUAACCUCCUCUCAUCAUAAUGUCCUGGUAACGCCGGACUCCGAGGGUCCAUGGGAACUGGAGAAGAAAAAUGAAAUACAAGAUCCAGUGAAGAAUUUGAAAGGUUUCCCUAGGCAACAUUUUAGAAAUGCAGCAACUCAGACAUUUCACGACCCUAAUGCGAUUUACAGUGAACUCAUAUUGUGGCGCGUUGAUCCUAUUGGGCCCUUAUCAUACAGCGGGGGAGUGUCUGAACUGGCCAGAAUCAACUCUCUCCGUACUGCUGCCUUCUGUAACGUUGCAUGGCUUCCAACACUUAUACCAAGUUAUUGUUUAGGUACUUACUGCAAUUCUGCCAGUGCCUGCUUUGUAGCCUCUGAUGGGACAAAUCUGAGAUUAUAUCAAGCGGUUGUUGAUGCAAGAAAGCUGCUUGAUGAGUUGUCUGAUCCUGAGUCUUCUAGACUUAUCGGUGAAGUAUUUAAUAUAGUCAGCCAGCAAUCCACUGCUCGACCUGGGUGUAUCAUUGAACUUGAUGUAAUAACAGACAAGUGUGGCUCAAGUACACAGUUGCUUCACGUUUUUCAAGAAGAUUUCAUUUUGGGAUACAAACCACAUAAAGAGGAAGUAAAGGAAAAGGAAUCCGAGGUCUUCUUCCAGCCAUCUCAAGGUUAUCGACCACCACCUUUUUCAGAAAAAUUCUUCCUUGUGGUAAUGGAGAAAGACAUUGAAAACCGCUCUGUUCUAAAUAUGUGGCAUCUUCAUUUGAAGUCUGUCCAAGCUUUUGUAGCAAAACCUGCAGAAGAUUCCGCAGCAUCAGAGAACUUGCUUUCUGUUCCUGGGCAGCCAACUGCUGUCUCAUCACCUGAUGCAUCCCCAAGCACGAGCCCCAUGACACGGUCGGCAUCAAUUGCUAAUCUCCAAACUGCCAGCAAACUAAUUCUAAGCUCCAGGCUUGUGUACAGCCAGGCCCUGGAUAUCCCAAAUGGUGUACAAGUAAUAAGAGCAACACCAUCUGCAGGCCACCUUAGUUCUUCUUCAAUUUACCCAGUGUGCCUUGCACCAUACCUGCUUGUUACAACGUGUUCAGAUAACAAAGUGCGAUUCUGGAGGUGCAGUGUGCAGAAAGUGGAAGGAUGUGGGAGCAGCGAGGACCAACACAGCUAUUGCUGGAAGGAAUGGUCUUUAAUGAAUGAUGGGCACGUUGAGAGUGCAAGCGCAGUAACCGUAGCAGGGAGACCAGUAGCAGUAAGCUGUUCUUACACGGGCAGACUUGCCGUGGCCUACAAGCAACCAAUUCAACAUAACGGCUUUGUCUCCAAAGAAUUUUCUAUGCACGUUUGUCUUUUUGAAUGUGAAUCAACUGGUGGAUCAGAAUGGGUCCUAGAGCAAACAAUUCAUCUCGAUGACUUAAUUAGAGUUGGGAGCAUGCUCGAUGCCCAUAUUAGUGUGGACAGCAAUUUGUUUGUAUACAGUAAAUCCGAUGUGUUUCUGAACCACGACAAGCAUUUAAUGCCCAAUAUCAAGCAUUUAGUACACUUAGACUGGGUUUCAAAGGAAGACGGUUCACAUAUACUAACUGUUGGAGUUGGUUCCAGUAUAUUUAUGUAUGGACGACUUUCAGGCAUUGUUACUGAUCAAACUAACAGUAAGGAUGGGAUUGCUGUCAUUACUUUACCACUAGGUGGUAGUAUAAAGCAAGGUAUAAAAUCUAAAUGGGUCCUUCUCCGAUCAAUUGAUUUGGUGUCUUCUGUUGAUGGCACACCUUCAUUACCUGUAUCUUUGUCUUGGGUAAGGGAUGGGAUCUUGGUAGUUGGGAUGGACUGUGAAAUGCAUGUUUAUGCACAAUGGAAACACAGUCUGAAGUGUUUUGAUAAUGAGAACUUUGUGGCUGAAGACGAGGCGGACCAACCUCAACCGGAGUCUGUAAAAGCACAGUUAAUCUCCAAGAAAACCAGUGUAAUUGAUGGGGCUGCAAUUGUAGAUGAUGUCUUUGGGAGUCCAACUGUAAUACAAGAUGGUGGUCUUUUUGAGGCUGCCCACGUCUUAUCACCAACACUCCCUCAGUAUCACCCAACUCAACUUCUUGAACUCAUGGACUUGGGAAAAGUUAGGAGGGCAAAAGCCAUCCUUUCACAUUUAGUAAAAUGUAUUGCAGGAGAAGUCGCAAUUGUGAAAGACUUGGAUACCGGAGACGAAGCCGCACCUAAACGUCAUCUUUCUCGAACUAUUAGUGUUAGUGGCAGUACUGCAAAGGACAUGAUUAUUACCGGAAAAGAUGGAACACGAGAAUACACUGAGAUCGAUUCCAUCCCGCCAUUACCACUCUAUGCCCUGCUUUCAGCAGAUCAAGAUGCAGCAUAUUCUGCUUCAGAGGAAACAAUCAAAAUGACCCGCAGCUCUAGACGCAGUUUUGACAGUAAGGCAGGUGAUCAAUACUCGGAUUUAUUUCAGGUACAGAAUGUGACAACUGAUGAUUUCAUUGGUUUCGAAACUGAAAAAAGAGAGAGCAAAUCGAAAGUUAUCAACCUUUCCCAGUAUGGUCCCACCUACUUUGGUCGUGAGCAUGCCAGCGUGCUCUCAAGCCACCUCAUGCAUUCUAGUUUGCCAGGCCUGACACGGCUAGAGCAGAUGUUCCUUGUUGCCCUAGCUGACACCGUGGCCACAACGAGUACAGAGCUUGGGGAAAGCAGAGACAAUAACUACUCUGGGGGCGAUAAUCUGGAUGAGUGUGGCCUGAGGUAUUUGCUGGCCAUGCGUUUGCACACUUGUCUUUUGACAUCCCUGCCACCCCUGUAUAGACUUCAGUUACUCCACCAAGGGCUAUCUACUUGUCAUUUUGCCUGGGCAUUUCACUCUGAGGCUGAGGAAGAAUUAAUCAAUAUGAUUCCUGCUAUCCAAAGAGGUGACCCACAGUGGUCAGAGCUGAGAGCAAUGGGAAUAGGAUGGUGGGUCAGGAAUAUUAAUACGCUCCGGAGAUGCAUAGAAAAGGUUGCAAAAGCAUCCUUUCAAAGGAAUAAUGACCCGUUAGAUGCAGCCGUUUUCUACCUUGCAAUGAAGAAAAAAGCUGUGCUUUGGGGUUUAUUCAGAUCCCAGCAUGAUGAAAAAAUGACCCAGUUCUUUAGCCAUAAUUUUAAGGAGGACCGAUGGCGAAAAGCAGCACUAAAAAAUGCCUUCUCGCUGCUUGGAAAGCAGCGCUUUGAACAGUCUGCUGCUUUCUUCUUGUUGGCUGGAUCUCUGAAAGAUGCUCUUGAGGUCUGCCUUGAAAAAAUGGAAGACAUCCAGUUGGCCAUGAUAAUUGCUCGGUUGUAUGAAUCUGAAUUUGAUACAUGUUCGACAUACGAGUCUCUCUUGUAUGAAAGAGUUCUGGGUUGCAAUAAAGAUGGCUCAGGUUUUUGUUGUACAAAAUUGCACCCUGAUCCAUUCUUGAGAAGCAUUGCUUAUUGGAUAAUGAAAGACUACACGAAAGCACUGGAUACCUUACUGGAGCAAACUCCAAAAGAAGAUGAUGACAACCCUGUGCUCAUCAAGUCCUGCAAUCCUGUAGUGUUUAGUUUUUAUAACUACCUUCGGACCCACCCCCUGCUUAUCCGCAGGCACUUCAGUACUCCGGAGGCCACUUUAGCUACUGUAGGCCUGAAGACUGAAUGGAAUUAUGUGGAUGAAAUCAAUCUAAUUGAAAGGAAGUUGUUUUUUACUACUGCAAAUGCCCACUUCAAAGUAGGAUGCCCAGUCCUUGCGCUUGAGGUUCUUUCGAAGAUCCCAAAGCUGACAAAAGCCGCAGCUGAUAACGAAGAGGACCUGAGCUUGGGGUCGGUUGGCUGGAGCAGUGUGAAAUCCUUAUCAAAACUGGUCCAUACAGAAGAAAGAAGCGGGUCAGACUGGUUGACUCCAGUAUCAACAAAAACAUCAAAUUAUGAAGACUCCAUAACAAACUUAGACUGGGGAAUACCAAGUUUUAAAAUUGAGGAUGAACCACUUCAGCUUGAUUGGGGAGAGGAUAAAGGAAGCGAAGACGAAGAUGACAGCGGUUUAGUGUUAAAAUCAUUUGAUUCAGAGGAAAAGAGACCGAACCAAAAAGAAGCUAGUGUUGAAAUUCUGCCUGUCGAAAAUAUAAAACCUAAAGGUAGUGAGGUGGACGUAAUUGCUGAACAACUAAAAUUUAGAGCUUGUCUAAAGAUUCUCAUGACUGAGCUUAGAACUUUAGCAACAGGACACGAAGUCGAUGGUGGAAAACUAAGAUUUCAGCUGUAUAACUGGUUGGAAAAGGAAAUUUCUGCAAUGCACAAGAUAUUUAACCACGAGACUGACAGCAAAGAAUACACAUCUGAAACACAAUCUUCAAGUGACGUUUUAGACAGUCCAGUUUUUACAGACAAGACGGAUAUUGGUUCCUACGAGCGUCACCAAAUUGAACGCCGCAGAUUGCAAGCUAAACGUGAACAUGCUGAAAAACGAAAGUGGUGGUUGCAGAAGAAUCAGGCACUUUUAAGGGUGUUUCUCAGUUACUGCAGUUUACACGGUGCUCAGGGAGGUGGUCUGGCAUCCGUAAGGAUGGAGCUCAAAUUUUUGUUGCAAGAGUCCCAACAGGAAACAACUGUGAAACAGCUUCAGUCUCCUCUUCCGUUGCCUACAACCUUACCCUUAUUAUCUGCAAGCAUUGCUGUGACCAAAACUGUGAUAGCCAACCCUGUGCUCUACCUAAAUAACCAUAUUCAUGAUAUCCUCUACACCAUUGUACAGAUGAAAAGCCCUCCACAUCCGGGUAACAGAGAUGCAAAAGUAUACACUCUUCACUUGUUGGCAGCAUCCCUAUCUGCUUCUAUUUAUCAAGCAUUAUGUGACAGCCAUAGCUACAGCUCUCAGACUGCAGCAAAUCAGUUUACAGGAAUGGUAUACCAGGGACUCUUACUUAGUGAAAGGAGACGACUGAGGACAGAAAGCAUUGAGGAACAUGCCACCCCAAAUUCAUCUCCUGCUUCGUGGCCAGGAGUUAGCUCUCUGAUAAACCUGCUUACCACAGCCCAAGAUGAAGAUCAGCCUAAGCUGAACAUUUUGCUCUGUGAAGCAGUUGUUGCCGUCUACGUCAGCCUUUUAAUAAAUGCCCUUGCUACGGACUCGAGCACGGAGCUGUUCCGGCUUGCGGCUCAUCCACUAAAUGGCAGAAUGUGGGCAGCUGUUUUUGGAGGAGGAGUGAAACUUCUAGUGAAACCAAGAAAACCACCUGAGGCUAUUCCAGGUAGCACAAAGGCAUUUGAUGAACACAAAACACAAUAUUCUCUGUCAGUGCCUAAUGAGGAGCAUCCUUUACCCGAAAUUGUUAUACCAGGCCGAAAAGGAAGUGCUCCUGUCACAGAUAUGGGACAUGAGUCUCAGUUGUGUGCAGUCCCUGUACCGUCUGAGGAGAUAGAUAAGCACCGUCGACGAUUUAAUAUGAGAAUGCUGGUUCCUGGAAGACCAGUAAAGGAUAUUGUUGUUCCACCUCCAGUUCCCACAGAGAGACCGACUUACAAAGAGAAAUUCAUCCCCCCAGAGCUGAGCAUGUGGGACUAUUUUGUUGCUAAGCCCUUUCUUCCUCUGUCUGACAGCGGCUUUAUCUAUGACUCAGAUGAAAGUGUUCCAAGUGACGACGAUGAGGAUGAUGAUGCUUUUCUUUCAGACAUUCAGAUACAGGAGCACACAAAUUCAAGCUCCUACAGCUGGACACUAAUUCGUUUGGCAAUGACAAAACUUGCAAUUCACAAUCUGAAGAAUUUCUUUCCAAUUGCUGGUCUGGAGAUGUCAGAUCUUCCUGUUACAUCUCCUUUGGGGAUUGCGGUUGUCAAAAAUCUAGAGACCUGGGAGAAAAUACUCCAUGAAAGAAUGGACCAAUUUGAAGGCCCUCCACCCAACUACAUAAGCAACUAUCCCAGUGACGUAUCUGCGGGUGCAGGACCAGCUAUUUUACGCCACAAGGCUAUGCUGGACCCUGAAAACACGCCGUUUAGGUCCAAAGAUUACUCUGCACUUCCUGUGAAGAGGCUUUGGCAUUUUCUAGUGAAACAGGAGAUUCUGCAGGAGUCCUUUAUAAGAUAUAUAUUUACAAAGAAAAGAAAGCAAAGUGAGUCUGUAGAAGAAAAUGCAGAACGUGUCAAAGUAAACUCCAUAGCAGAUCUCCAGACAAACAAGGUUGAAGCCGAUCUUGGUUACCCAGGAGGAAAAGCAAAGAUUAUCCACAAGGAAUCUGAUAUUAUAAUGGCUUUUGCAAUUAACAAGGCUAACUGCAAUGAAAUUGUGUUGGCAUCAACACAUGAUGUACAAGAACUUGAUGUAUCUUGCCUCCUUUCUGCCCAACCUUACAUAUGGAUUGGAGAAGAGUGUGACCGAGAAUCUAAAAGUUCUGAUGACCUUGAUUUUAGGGGCUCGACCUCUGCAAUCCCUCAGUCAAGCGUAACUUCCUUUAACCUUGGCCAUAUGCAGUCCUCCUCAUCUAUGCCCUGGCUGGGUAGUGGUCAGACAAGCACUGGAGCUGGGGUGCUUAUUAAACGGAAUCUUAAUAAUGUGAAGCGGAUGGCCUCUCACCCGGUUCACCAGUACUAUCUUACUGGUGCUCAGGAUGGCAGCGUCCGUAUGUUUGAAUGGAAUAGGCCCCAGCAACUCAUAUGCUUCCGUCAAGCUGGAAAUGCUCGUGUUACAAGACUGUACUUUAAUUCCCAAGGAAAUAAGUGUGGUGUUGCUGAUGGAGAAGGAUUUUUAAGCAUCUGGCAGGUAAACCAAACCGCCUCCAAUCCAAAACCAUACCUGAGCUGGCAGUGUCAUACCAAAACCACAAGUGAUUUUGCCUUCAUUACCUCUUCAAGCUUAGUUGCUACAGCUGGACAAUCCAGUGAUAACAGAAAUGUUUGCCUAUGGGAUACCUUGAUAUGCUCCAAUAAUAGCCUUGUACAUGCUUUCAAUUGCCAUGACAAUGGUGCCACUGUACUCCAGUAUGCACCAAAACAGCAGCUAUUGAUCACCGGUGGCAGGAAAGGAUGUAUCUGCAUCUUUGACAUCAGACAGAGGCAAAUGAUUCACACGUUCCAGGCUCAUGAUUCUGCAGUGAAGGCCUUGGCCCUGGACACAUCUGAAGACUAUUUUGUUACUGGCUCAGCCGAAGGCAACAUGAAGGUGUGGAAACUGACAGGACACGGCCUAAUUCACUCAUUUAAAAAUGAGCAUGCAAAGCAGUCCAUAUUUCGCAACAUUGGAGCAGGUGUCAUGCAGAUUGAAGUGGGAGAUGACAGACGCAUCUUCUCCUGUGGAGCAGAUGGCACUCUAAAAAUGCGGAUGUUGCCCACUGCUUUCAAGACCCAACUGGGCAUUUUCGAUAUUAUCUAACAGUUUGGAUUGCGAAACCUAUUUCACUUCCAAAUCUUGAGCUGCUGCUACGAAAUGUGGAGAAAGAGGUAGUCGGCCUCUCCGCAGUUACUGAAGAGCUAGAUGAUGGUAUACACUGAGGAUUUUUUUCUUUCUGUUGCUGUAUGGGAGUAGACAUGCAUGUGUUUCUUUGAGCGAACCUAAGCAGAGGCCAGUAAGAGAGCUUUAAGUUGUAGUCUCCGCAUCUUUCUAAUUUGGUGCACACACACACAAUUUGCUGGACCGUUCUAAUAGUGGUGACAAAUUCAUGAUUCAUUCUACUUGAGACACUGUAAAAUAUUUCUUGUCUUCAAAUAGAUUAAACGAUGUAGGUUUUUGCAGUUUUCACUUUACAAGUAUUGACACCAAAUGUUACUUGCUCUGCCCAAGAAGAUCACUGGGGCCAAGCAGUAGGAAAGACGGCUGAGGGUUUUGGAGGAGUUGGGAAAGACUUCCAUUCUUUUGGUGGUGUAAGGCUUUGCUUCCAGUUUCAACAGCUGUGUCAUAAGAAAGCAUGUCCAUAUUUUUCCAUCUGUAGAAGCGAAGGUGGUGCAUUUCAUAUACUAUCACUUUCAGUUACCAAACCAAGUAUAUUUCCAACAAAAAUGCACCCAAAUGAAGGCUAGACAUUGUCCUCCAUUAUUUUGAGGUAGUCAUUUUUUAUUCUUGGUGGGGUAUCACUUUUUUCUUUUGUAUUAUUUAUUAUUUUUUUUGUUUUUUAAUUUGCACAAUUUUUAACUGUGUUUACUUGUUGUACUUGCACAUUACCUCUCAUUCAUUUGAUCGUUCCAGAAUUAGCUCCUUGGUUUUAUUAUAAACAUGAACAUAUAAAUGUUGAUUGUUGUGGU